UCGGUCCGUCGCCUGCUGAAGGGCUCUGAAUCCUUCCCGGCACCCGUAGUUCGCUGGCGUCACGCACAAACAUGGCGGCGUUUUUCGAAUGAAUGAACGAAAGAGUGUGCGAAAGACAAAAACACAACAGAGGACCUGUGGAUGUAGACGUUUAAAGCUAUGGGCCACGACAUAGACCGUUUAAAGAGACGAUGUUAGGCCGGCCCUUCGCCGGUUCUGCUCCAGCGGGGAGGCAUGUCAGAGCGGCGGACAGAUGCCGCAGCCGCCGCCGGCUUCUCUGAGCUGUGGAGGAGUGUCUCCAAGCUGCACCACAACAAAACACACGACGGGAAAACGGGACCACGGACGCCUGCCACAAUGGCAUCUCCACUGUGUAACGAUUUGCUGAGUCCCCGACGCAGAGGCGGGGGCAGAUACUUGGGCUUGAACGCUGGAGAUUCCCCCGGAGAUGCGGAAACUUCACAAGAUAUCAUCUGGGAUUCCACAUCUCCCACCCGGGCUGGACAGAGGAACACCAGAAUCGUGGAAAUAUCAGACAUUGUCGACCGCAUUGCUCCAAAGAACGUGAAGCCGAAAGAAUCCUCCAUGCUGCAGUGGAUCAAUGACAGCGCGGCCCCUUGCACGCCCGAGAUCCCAAAGCCAAGAGUCAGGAAGAGAUCCUCUAGGCAGAGCAGUGUGGAUGACCUCAUGAAGCUGGCCAGGCAGUUUGAUGAAAACAUGCAACAGGAUGAGGAGACUUCCGACCAGCGGAAUGCAGUCAAAAACAACCUCGACGAAAAGGCGAAAACGGCCUCUGAAGCUGAUGGAAGUGUGAGGGAACCUAAGGGCCCGAGCUGUUCGGGUCAGGCCGAGGCGGAGCUGCGGGCUCUGUUUGACUGCUCCACUCAGGCGGUCAGCGGAGGGCUGAGCGGGGCGUCUGCCGACUCACAAGAAAUAAAAGACCAAGCUGCCACUCGCGCUUCAGUGGGACGCCGGCAGUCGGGGCUCCAGACGGCCGGACACUGUGACCCCCCCGCAGAGCCACAAGGAACCAGCUGCGGCGGCUUUUACGACGACUGGGAGAACGACGACUUCCUCGAUGACUCCCUGGAGCUGGCGCUGACCCAGAACCUGGACGAGGCGCCCGGUGCGGGGCCUGAGGCCGCGUCUCGGCCUGACCCGGAGGCCGGCCCCGCUCGCUUCACCUCUGUUUGCGAGCAAGCUGGAGACACAGACCCCGCACCUCAGCCCUCGGGCCAGCACCGCGGGACCACCACGCACCGGGAGCAGCGUCCCGAGCCAAAGACGACCGGCCGAAGCACUUUCAAGUUAGAGCCCAACCCUCGCUUCCGGCCCAGCUGGUCCAAAGACGCGUCAGAAACCAGCCUCAGCGCCGCACGGCCCGAAGCAAAUACGGCCGGCCCGAAGCCCACAGCCUCUCCCCACCCCGACAAAGUCACUGACAAUCAAAGGGAGGGCAUCCCGGACAGCCUAUGGGACGACUGGGAUGACGAUGCGCUGCUCUAUCAGGCAUGCGACUGCGUGGAGAGGACCUCCAACAGCCGGAGCCCCGGCGACCGCCAGCAACAGCGAGACGGGGCUGCGGACGGACAAAAGAAAAGCACCGGGCCUCUGCCAGCCGCCUCCAUUAAGGCCGGUGCCGGUGCCAGCGCCAGCAGACCGCCUGAGCGGGCCUUUGUCCGUUCUAACUCAUUACCGGGGACUGGCUGUGGAGCUGCGAGCUACCAAGGGUGGAACAUUCCCAUGAAAGGUGCCAGCAGCAAGUCAGGGAUGUCUCAGAGCUUCCCGGGAAGCCGCCUGAGUGUAGGGGCCUUUAACCAGCGCGGGGACGCCUCCGGAACUUUCCAGGCUGGAAAUAAUAACGCGGACACGACAGCCGGAGGACCGCAGAGAUUUAAGUCCCACCACACGGCCUUUAAGCGAAAUGUGUCCGACUCUGCAAUCAUUAGCAACAAAGGUCAGAGGGCCGGGAAGUGCUCCGCUGCCGAGAUCGAGAGGAAGAAACAGGAGGCGCUGGCCAGGAGACGCCAGCGAAUGCAGAACCCCUCAAAACCGCCCUGA